UCUUCGCGUUGAACUUCGUGUUUCGGCGCUCUAAUUUAGCCGCUCGUGGUCGUUGUGCUACGAGAAAUGGCCCAACGACAACGCUUUCCAACUGCCGGCCACGUAAUGUGGAAAAACGAUUUGGAAGUUCUGCCGCACGUCAGUGAUGAUGUUUCAGCCAGCCUCUGCACAUCGGUGUCGUCUCGCCAGCUGACGAAGUCUUACAACUUCGCUGUCGAGGCGUACGCCUUGCCAUCGUCGGUAGCUACGAACACCUGUGAUUUGAGUGAGGGCACUGUUUAUGCAAGAGCAACCUGCUUCAGAAGCCAAAAGAAAGCAGGAAAGCCUUACAAGGUAUAUUUGGCAAUCAAGUCCAGCAGCGGGGUUGUAACAGAUGCAUCUUGUGAGUGCCCAGCACGUGCAAGUGGGGCUUGCAGCCACAUCCUUGCGACAGUACGAUUGAUCGCAUUGCUGAAGAAGAAGGGUUUCAAGGAGGCACCUCCAGAGCUGUCAUGCACUGACCUUCCGCAACAGUGGAGGCGCCCCAGGCGACAAGGCAUCCAGCCAACAAGCCUCCAGGAUGUCGACUGGAGAAGCCCUCGGCAAGACGGCGCACCAAUGCCCAUCUCAACUCGCAUGUUUGACAUAUGUUCCAAGCAGGAUGACCCACAGGAGCAGCUUGACAGAAUGCACAAGCUUGGAGAAGGCUUGAAAAAACGCGGCAAUCACAGCUUUGGUUCUGUGCUGCUGGCGGCGAAGGGGCCGUUUGUUGAAACGAGGCUUGGUCUGGCACCUAUUGGUUCUCCGCUAUCGUAUCAACAAGCACUGCUGCCAGGGGGUUUUGAAACUUGGGUGUCGAGUGACAUCCUGCCAGGAAGCGGGAAAGUCACCUUUGUUCCUGACUUCCUUCCGUUUGAUGACGGGGCUUUGGCAACUGAUUUGCCCAAGACAUUGAGCCCUGACGAGCAGCAUAUAUUACAGGAUCUCCAAGUGACUUCGGCCGAGGCACAAGAGCUGGAGAUGAAUUCAAGGCAGCAGUCCCGGAGCAACUUAUGGCAGCAAGCCAGGCUAAACCGGCUGACAGCUUCUUGCUUUGGCCGAGUCAUCAAGCGGUUGAACUGGACAGAAAAAGGCCUCUACAAUUUAAUAGAAUCUAAAGACCUUUCUCGAGUGCGGGCCAUACAGUACGGACUUAGAAAUGAAAAUGUUGCGGCUGAUCGAUACUGCUCUGUCAUGAAAAGCCAUGGGCACAAUGUCUCUCUACGGUAUUGCGGGCUGUUUGUGAACCCAACAUGCCCAUGGCUUGGCGCUAGCCCUGAUCGCCUUAUAUACGAUCCUGAAGAGGCGAGCUAUGGUGUACUUGAGGUCAAAUGCCAUUAUAGCCUGAAGGACAGCACACCAGAGGUUGCAAAGGCACAAUGUGCUUCACUGAGGUUCAGUGAAAACAACUUACCAAGCCUUCAAAGGGAUCAUGAGUACUAUGCCCAAGUCAUGGGACAAAUGGCUAUUACUAAGUGUAAUUGGGCAGACUUUGUUGUGUACUCGGCAAAUUGGAUUGCGAUUGAGCGUAUCCAUUUCGACGAGGAAGAGUGGAAGGGUAUGAAAGUAAAGCUUGAUGAUUUUUAUUUUAUGCAAAUGCUUCCAUACAUUGCCAGAAAGCAGUCACACUGA